CACAGCUCCCACAACAAACACAUGGUGAACAAAAACCCCGCUUGUGUAUAAAAACCGCGCACAGAUUUAAAGACCCUGUCACUUUUUUUCCCGCUGAGGUGGGAUUGCAAGUUUGGAUUUGUUCUAAGAAUCGGUAUUUUUGACGAGCUCUAAAAAAAGAUGAAGUUGACUUGCGAAGAAACUUUCGAGCAGGUCUCUCGACAGACCGAGGUAUCCGGGGUAACCCGUCUGCUGUGUUCAAGUCGACGGGAGGAAGUCAUCUGUGAUCGGCGGGGGAUCGAGUGGCGAAAAGGUGAUCGUCUUCUAGACAUCCCGUGCAAGGUCUGCGGUGACCGUAGCUCGGGCAAGCAUUACGGGGUCUACGCCUGCGACGGCUGCAGUGGGUUCUUCAAGCGAAGCAUCCACCGUAACCGCGUCUACACCUGCAAGCAGCAAGGCAAGGGAGGAGGGUGCUGCCCGAUUGAUAAGACCCACCGCAACCAGUGCCGCGCUUGCCGACUGCAGAAGUGCUUCGAUGCUCACAUGAAUAAAGAUGCUGUACAGCACGAGCGGGGUCCGCGUAAACCCAAACCCAAGCCCUCCUCACCGGACCACGGCAGUACCGGGUCGGCGAGCCCCGAGCCCCCGUCAGUCCACGGCCAGAUUCACGGUCCGCAUCACGUCCACCAUCACCACCACGGCAUCACGAGCAGCACCAGUAACACGCCGGUGGCUGUGGUGUCCUACGUGUCGAGUUCCAUGUACUAUGGGACUUUCUACCACAGCUUGCUGACCGCCGAGCAGUACAACGUCAGCCCCAUGGCUCUGGAUCUGUCGGCAGCUAAGGUCAAGGCGGAGGGGGAAGGUGGACCCCAUGCCGGCUUUCAUUCUGCGAUGGCAGGUACGCCGGAGAGUAUGCCCGAAGUGGCGGCACGACUCCUGUUCACCUCCGUCAAGUGGACCAAGAAUAUCCCCUGCUACCGUCUGUUGCCGUAUCGUGACCAGGUCUUGUUGCUGGAGGAAGGCUGGCGAGACCUCUUCCUUCUCGGCAUCUGCCAGUGGUCCGUCCCGCUGGAGACCGACAGUCUCCUGAAGUACCUGCCCAGAACAGAGAAAAAGUUAUCUGGGGACGAGCUGGCGCGGCUGACGUCACAAAUACGCUACAUGCAGGAUGUGGUGGCUCGUUUGAGGGCGCUGGAGGUGGACUUUACCGAGUUCGCCUGCUUGAAAGCGGUGGCGCUCUUCAGACCUGAGACCCACGGUGUCAGAGAGCCCCUUCAGGUGGAAGCCCUCCAGGACCAGGCCCAGGUCAUGCUCAAUGAUUACAUCCGCCAUUCCUAUCCCGGUAGGAGUGUGCGCUUUGGCCGCCUCUUACUCAUCCUGCCCGCCCUCCGCAGGGUCAGCAGCAAACUCAUUGAGAGGCUCUUCUUCAAGGAGACCAUAGGAAGCAUCCCCAUCGAGCGGCUGCUCAGCGACAUGUUCCAGAGCAGUUAGGAGAACGGACCCCGUCAGCCAGCUAUAGAGGGCGCUUUACCUGUGUUUCUCACAGAGGGCGCUGUUCACAAGGACUAUAGACACAGCUCGUAAGCUUGUCUCCAGUGAGACGAUGUACUACAAACUCUCCCAAAUAAACAACUCAGCUACACAACUCGGAAGAACUCAGAGCAAGUUCGGGGGAAGACCAAUAGUCGGCUAGUGGUUGAUUUGUGACAUAACUAACGCCUGCGCAGCAACGUGCGAAUGACUCUAGCCAAACGAUGGUCAAAACAUCAUCAGCGCUGCAGCAGUGUCCCUAGCUUCAGUUCCAAAUAGUUGACUAGAGUAGUCCAACCGUCAUUCUUUCAAGUGAAGUCAGUCGAACUAUGAUUAACCGUAGUUGUCGCAUGAACUUGCUCUCAGAUUGGAGGAAGCUUUCCUAUAGAAUGCGCUAUAUAACAAUUACAUUAAAACCAUCAUGUUUUACUUUUUGUCAGCACAUGGAUGUAGUCGAGUCUAUCACAAGUCCCUGCAAGUCCAUCACAAAGUCCUCCAGUCCCAAGUCAACUCACAAGCUAUUCAAAUGAGCUUUGACAACGGCAUUGCUUUGUUAUUGUUCAUCCACUGUUACUAGACCUGUGAUUUACUUGUGACUGGACUUGUGAUAGACUGGACCACAUCCCUGUAUGAGUGACAUGUUCUAUCGCAGUGCAAAGAUUGGGUUGGACACAAAAUGGA